UGGAUAGGUCUGGAUGGGGUGUAGAAGCAAGAUACGCCACAUCUGGGACUUGAUUGUGAAUCGUAAAUUCUGGAGGCAUUACUUUCUCAUAUAGUUUCGUCUUCAGCAUUCUAGGAGCCAAAACAAAGCUCUUGAUAAGCUCUGCAAGGGUGUGACAACCUUGUAAGUGUUCAUUGCACCCCAUUGAUGUGGGGGUUUGAUAGCACUACAGUCCAAAAUGGGCCAGUUAAGCCACAAUCUGAUGCUUAUGGACUGCUAAUGCAUACAAAUGGCCAGUGGGAGUGGACUCUAGCUCCUGGUGUCUCUCCAUCACCAAGGUAUCAGCAUGCAGUGGUUUUUGUUGGUGCUCGUUUGCAUGUUACUGGUGGUGCUCUUAGGGGAGGGAGAACUAUUGAAGGGGAAGGAUCUGUUGCAGUUCUGGAUACUGCUACUGGGGUGUGGUUGGACAGAAACGGUGUUGUUAACUCCCCCCGCAUGCACAAGUCCUCAAAUGACCAUGAUUCUUCUUUGGAGCUUCUGCGUCGUUGCCGCCAUGCAGCUGCUUCUGUUGGCACUCAGAUUUAUAUAUAUGGCGGUCUGAAAGGAGAUAUGCUACUCGAUGAUCUUCUUGUUGCGGAGAAUUCACCUUUUCAAUCUGAAAUUACUUCCUCCAUGUACAAUUCUGAUAGGAUCUCAUCUACAACAAAUCAUAAAGAAAGUCAAAGUAUUCAUUCGGAGUCCCCAUCCUUCCAACAAUCCUUGGAUAGUGGACCAGAGACAGCCUCUUUGAGCAUGGAUCAAAAAUCUAUUGACAAGCUGAUUGAAGCUUCUGCUGCUGAAGCUGAAGCAGUUAGUGCUGCCUGGCGAGCUGCAAAGGAAGCAUCUGCAGCUUCCACGGAAGAAGGCAUUUCGGAUGAAAAUGAGUCUGAGUCUCAAGUUAAUGAUAAAUCACCAGCAUCAGAGGACUCAUCAGAUGAUGCUGAUCCCCUUGAACCAGAUGUACGGCUACACCCUCGAGCGGUAGUGGUUGCUAAAGAGGCUGUCGGCAAUCUGGGUGGUCUGGUACGGCAGCUUUCAUUGGAUCAGUUUGAAAAUGAGAGUAGAAGAAUGCAUCCUUCAAAUGGUGAGCAGGCACAUCCAACAAAGAAGUUCUUGAAUAGGCAGAAAUCUCCACGGGGUUUGCAUAAGAAGAUCAUUUCAUUCCUGCUCAGACCAAGAAAUUGGAAACCUCCUGCUGAUCGGAGCUUUUUCCUUGAUUCAUAUGAAGUUGGUGAGCUUUGCUAUGCUGCUGAGCAAAUAUUUGUGCAGGAACCCACAGUUCUGCAAUUAAAAGCUCCAGUAAAAGUAUUCGGUGAUCUUCAUGGGCAGUUUGGUGACCUUAUGCGAUUAUUUGAUGAAUAUGGUUUUCCCUCGACUGCCGGGGAUAUAACGUAUAUAGACUAUCUUUUUUUGGGUGAUUACGUUGACCGAGGGCAACACAGUUUGGAAACUAUAACGCUUCUUCUUGCUCUUAAAAUAGAAUAUCCGGAGAAUGUCCACUUGAUCCGGGGAAACCAUGAGGCUGCUGACAUUAAUGCCCUUUUUGGUUUUCGUCUUGAAUGCAUUGAGAGAAUGGGGGAAAGUGAUGGCAUAUGGGCGUGGACUCGAUUUAAUCAACUUUUCAACUACCUGCCACUUGCUGCUUUAAUAGAAAAGAAAAUCAUCUGCAUGCAUGGUGGCAUUGGAAGGUCUAUAACUUCAGUCGAGCAGAUAGAGAACCUUGAAAGGCCAAUCACCAUGGAUGUUGGUUCUAUCAUUCUAAUGGACCUUCUAUGGUCUGAUCCAACAGAGAAUGAUAGCAUCGAGGGCUUAAGACCAAAUGCAAGGGGACCUGGUCUAGUAACUUUUGGGCCUGACAGAGUCACUGAUUUUUGUAAGAGAAACAAAUUGCAGCUCAUCAUAAGAGCUCAUGAAUGUGUAAUGGAUGGUUUUGAAAGGUUUGCGCAGGGGCAGUUGAUAACUUUAUUUUCAGCAACUAAUUAUUGUGGCACGGCAAACAAUGCGGGGGCUAUACUUGUGGUUGGUAGGGGGUUAGUCGUGGUUCCAAAGUUGAUUCAUCCACUUCCACCACCCCUUCGCUCACCCGAAUCUUCCCCUGAUCAUGUCUUAGAGGACACAUGGAUGCAGGAACUUAACAUUCAAAGACCACCUACUCCAACUCGAGGCAGGCCACAAUCUGCUAAUGACCGGCAUUCACUUGCUUAUAUAUGACCACAAACCCUGUGAAUCAUGUCCAAACAGAGACUAAUCUUCUUUUUGCAGAGAGAGUGCACACCUCACCUUUGCUUGGCAUUUGAAUGCUGGGUUUAGCAUUAUGUGGCAUCGCUCUUUCCAUCAUGUGCAGUAUAAUAUUUGUCAGUGUUCAUCCUAUGUAAUCUACCAUCACAGUGAAGAUGUUGUUCCAAUGUACAUGUGCGGGUAAACUGUAAUGAAAUAUUCUUAUUGUUUGUAAAACUUUUUUGAGUUGGGGCGAGAUGCAAGUUCAUCCUUGUGUUGUACAUGGUUAAUGUUGCAACAGCUAGAGUGUAAUUUGUUUUCGAGAAGCAUAAUUCAAUAACCUAGUGGAGUGAUUUGGUCAAU